AUGGCAGCGGCAGUACCACCACAACAAGUUACAGCUGCACAAAAAUUAGCUCAGGUCAAUGAACAAACCUGGUUAACCAUGGGCAAUUUGGCAGAAAUGAUGACAGAUUAUGAUAAAGCCAUGAAUUGUUAUGAAUCAGCCCUCAGACACAACCCUUAUUCUAUCGUCGCAUUAUCUCAAAUCGCGUCUCUUUGUCGAGGACGUGAACAGUUCGGUAGAGCUGUAGAUUAUUUCAAACGAAUUUUGGCUAUUCAAGAGAAUAACGGUGAAACCUGGGCUGCUUUGGGUCAUUGUUAUUUGAUGAUGGAUAACUUACAAGAAGCUUAUCAAGCUUAUCAACAAGCACUGUAUCAUCUAUCCAAUCCUAAAGACCCCAAGCUUUGGUAUGGUAUUGGUAUUCUUUAUGAUCGUUAUGGUUCUUUGGAACAUGCUGAAGAAGCCUUUUCAGCCGUCAUGAAGAUGGAUCCCAAGUUUGAAAAGGCCAAUGAGAUCUACUUCAGAUUAGGCAUCAUUUAUAAACAACAGCAAAAGUAUGAUUUAUCACUUCAGUGUUUCCGUUACAUUCUUCAUAAUCCACCCAGACCCUUGACUGAGUCUGAUAUCUGGUUCCAAACCGGUCAUGUUUAUGAACAACAGAAAGAGUAUGAACUUGCUAAAGAAGCUUAUGAACGUGUCUUGGCUGAAAACCCUGACCAUGCUAAAGUACUUCAGCAACUGGGCUGGCUCUACCAUCAACAAAACACCUCCUUCUGCAAUCAAGCUCUGGCGAUUCAAUACUUGACACGCUCACUCAAGUCGGACAGUAACGAUGCCCAAUCAUGGUAUCUUUUGGGUCGUUGUUAUAUGGCAGAGCAAAAUUACAACAAGGCGUACGAAGCUUAUCAACAAGCUGUUUAUCGUGAUGCUCGUAAUCCUACCUUUUGGUGCUCCAUUGGUGUCCUCUAUUAUCAAAUCAAUCAAUACCGUGAUGCUUUGGAUGCCUACAGUCGUGCCAUUCGUUUGAAUCCUUACAUUAGCGAAGUGUGGUAUGAUUUGGGUACACUUUAUGAAUCCUGUAAUAAUCAGGUGCAAGAUGCUUUGGACGCUUAUCAGCGUGCCGCAGAAUUAGAUCCCAACAAUCCUCAUAUCAAACAAAGAUUGGAAUUGUUACGAAAGUCCCAGAAUGUGCCCAAUCAACCGGGUAACAUUCCUGUUCCCCAAGAUUCAAUCGGCCCCCAGUGGUCCUCCCUCCAGUAUGUCGGCUUAUCAUACAGCGGCGGAUCGUAA